AUGGCGCGGCAUGUGUAUUCCAAAGUCAAUUGGCAUAGCCAACAUAAAAGGGGCGGUGAAAAAUUAGCGAUCGAAAACACAGUGACUAAUAUUACCACUUGUGAUGGGAGAUAUGUAGUGCAUUUGCCGUGGAUAAUAGAUUGUGCGACUCUAAAUGACAAUAAACAAGUAGCGCUCAGUCGGCUUCAUGGAUUAACUCAUAAAUUGCGUAAACAUUACGAAAAACUCUCGGAAUAUGAUAACGCAAUUCGCGAUUUAAUGCAUAGUAGCAUCGCUGAGAAAGCGCCUGAAACUGCCAUUGAGGACCCAGUGUAUUACAUGCCGCAUAGACCAGUUUAUCGUGAAGACAAGGCUACUACCAAAAUGCGCAUUGUAUUCGAUGCGUCCUCCAGCGAACCGGGAUUUUUAUCUCUUAAUAACACUUAA